AUGCUUGGUUAAUACAAUAAAGCAAUCAUUUGGGCAGAUAAAGCAUUGUAAGUAGAUCCAAAACAUUGUAGUUCCUUAUGUACCAAAAGUACUAAUUAUUUUUAAUAUAAAGGUAAUUCAUUAAGAUUAUUGAAAAUGUUUAAAUAAUCUAUGGUAGUGAUUGAGUAAUCUCUAUAAAUUAAUCCAAAUCACUUUGAUUCAUUGAGGGCAAAAGGUGAAAGCAUCUUUUUAAUUAAUAGGUACAUGCUUAAAAGUAAAGAAUAACUUUUAUUUUGCAAUUUUUACUUUAAUAUUAAAAUUAUAGAAAUAAAGUCAAGAAAUAUAUAGAAACUAGAACAAGGUCUUGGCUAUUUAUUAAUGAUCUUUAUACUUAAAAUAACUUAUCUGGUAUUUAACUAUGAAAAAAAACUGUUGAUUAUGCAGAAUAAAUUAAGAUUAUGA